AUGGCUCCUAGAGGGUGGAUAGACUGGCGCGCCCUCCUUGGCUUCGAUGGUCCUCGGAGCCACGACCACUGGUGGCAGGAAUCCCGCCAACGCCUCCUUCCGCGCUUUGUCGACGAGUCGCUGCAGUCCGCCAUCCCGCCCGUCGAGGUCACCAAGACCGCCCUGCGCCUGCGGCACCUCGUCGAGGAGGCUGUCCCCGUCGAGCUAUCCGAGGAUCAGGUGACACAGCCCCACAGCAAGGUGAUCACCAAAAAGGUCAUCGCCGCCACCAAGGAGGCAGGCGGUCGCCAGUAUGGCGCCUGUGUGGUCUUCGGCCUCCUCGUCUGCAAGCGCUGGUUCAAGCACCAGUCCGUCAUCGAGCUCUGGGACUGCGAGCUGCACACCCUGCGCGCCACCGCCUGCGAGGUCAUCGCCAAGGCCCUCAUCGAGGGCGACAGCGACAAUGAGCACCUCAUGCACGAUGUGCUGCUCAAGCGCUACUCCAUCAUCCUCGACGGCGAGGCGACGAACCCGUGCAACGUCAUCGAGAAGGCCGUCGACCUGCACGCCCUGCGCGUCAUCGGCAGCUCCGGCUACCAGAAGUGCGUGAGCUACCUGUGGAAGGGCUGGCUGGUGCAGGACGAGGACGACCCGGCCAGCUUUGUCGAAUACAAGGGAAGGGAUGACACGGGCUUCCUCGUGCACCUCGAUCCGGACCGCAUGAGGGCCCCGAUGUAUCAGAACGCCGCACAGGUCCUGAUCUCGCUCAUUUACUUGGGCCUGUAUACUGGCGCCAUCAACUCUAUCAACCGGGAUGCCGAUCUUGAUUUCGUCGAGGGCCUGCUGUACAUCUUCACCCUGGGCUUUGUUUUUGACGAGAUCUCCAAGGGCUGGAAGGCCGGCUACCAGAUCUACGGUUUCUGGACGGCAUUCAACUUUACCUUGUACGGGCUCCUGACAACCAGUCUUAUCUUCCGCUUCGUCGCCUUGAGCAAGGAACCCGCGCCGCCGGGCGACGACGAAGGAGAUAGGGAGCGUCUCAACAUCAUGAGCUACAACUUCCUGGCCUGCUGCGCGCCCAUGUUCUGGAUGAGGCUGCUAUUGUACCUCGACAGUUUCCGCUUCUUCGGCGCCAUGCUUGUGGUCCUCAAGGUCAUGAUGAAGGAGUCUAUCAUCUUCUUCGCGCUGCUGCUCGUCAUCAUCAUCGGCUUCCUGCAGGCCUUUAUAGGGCUGGACCUCGCCGAGGAUAACGUCGUCAGUGAUUCGUGGUUCAUCAUUCAGCAGAUGGCAAACUCCAUCAUGCAGUCUCCAGACUUCAGUAAUUUUGAAAAGUUCGGUCACCCCUUUGGGCUCGUGCUCUACUACAUCUUCACCUUCGUGGUGAUGGUGGUGCUUCUGAACAUCCUCAUCGCCUUGUACAACUCGGCCUACGAGGAUAUCAACGGCAACGCCAAUGACGAGUACCUCGCCCUCUUCGCGCAAAAAACACUGCAAUUCGUCCGCGCGCCCGACGAGAACGUCUUCAUCGCGCCCUUCAACCUGAUCGAGGUCUUUCUCCUGCUGAUCCCCUUCGAGUGGUGGAUGCCGAAGCGCCAGUAUGAGCGCCUCAACGACAUCGUCAUGGGCGUCAUCUACUCGCCGCUGCUUGUCGUCGCCGCCGUCUUCGAGAUGCAGGGCGCUCGCGAGAUCCGUGCUAAUCGAGCUCGGGGCGAGGACGAUGAGGACACGAUCGAGGAGUGGGAGCAGAUGGACGACCAGGUCGACUUCGAGGCUGAUGGCUGGAAGAAGACAGUCAAUGGUGCCAAGACGGAUCUGCAGGCCAACCCGACCAUCGAUGAGGUCCAGAAACUCAGGGCGGACGUGGAGAGGCUGACGGGACUGGUGCUGGACCUGACGAAGGCGCUGGGGAAGGGGGAUGGGGAGAAGGCCGUGAGUGGCUUCAGCAGGACGAGUACAGUGAGUUGUACCCUCUUGGUGCACCAAAAAUGA